GUCCUUGCGUCCUUGCCGCGCGUCCUCAUUAGGGUCUUUGACUGUACAGCCGGGCGGUUGUUCCCGGACUUUGGCCUCCAGGGGCCCGUCGUCGGGCCCAGGGGCCCUCGAGCGUGGAUAUCCGGGACGGAAGAUCCCUCCCUGGGGACGGGGUCGGGAUCGGGACGCCUGGGGCCGUGGAUGGACAAAGAUCACGUCGGCGGAUGUCUGGGUUCGCGCAAGUGGCCGCUGGACGCGACCACACCGUCCUGCUCCGGAGCGAUGGCACCGCGGUGGCGUGUGGCGGGAACAGUUGUGGCCAGUGCGACCUUCCAGCGCCGGCCGCAGGCCUGGCCUUUACGCACGUGGCCGCUGGAGGCAACCACACAGUUCUGCUCCGGAGCGAUGGCACCGCGGUGGCGUGUGGCUGGAAUGCCGACGGCCAGUGCGACCUGCCAGCGCUGGUGGAGGGCCUGGUCUUCACGCAAGUGGCUGCUGGACGCGAACACACCGUUCUGCUCCAGAGCGAUGGCACCGCUGUGGCGUGUGGCUGUAAUGACGAUGGCCAGUGCGACCUUCCAGCGCCAGCAGGAGGCUUGACCUUCACGCAAGUGGCCGCUGGACACGACCACACCGUCCUUCUCCAGAGCGAUGGUGCUGCCUUGGCGUGUGGCUGGAGUGCCGACGGCCAGUGCGAAGUUCCUGCGACGGCGGGACGGCUGACCUUUACAGAGGUGGCAGCUGGAGGCAACCACACCGUUCUGCUCCAGAGCGAUGGGACCGCCGUGGCGCGUGGCUGUAAUGACGACGGCCAGUGCGACCUUCCAGCGCUGGCGGAAGGUCUGACCUUCACGCAAGUGGCCGCUGGAUUGGACCACACCGUCCUGCUCCAGAGCGAUGGCACUGCUGUGGCGUGUGGCGAGAAUAGUCGCGGCCAGUGCGACCUUCCAGCACCGGCAGAGGACCUCACCUACCUACGUAGCCCAUCUUCUGCUCACGUUGCUGCUGCAAGCAUUUCUCGACGGUGACUCCAUGCGUUUCGCGACAAUCCGCGGGGCCGAGUGUUACCAGGUUGGGGCGGCACCUGACUCUCGCCUAACCAGUAUUCAGAGCAGUUUGUUGUCAAUCACCGGAUGGGCAGACCUGGAUUCGGACACGCUCGAGUCGUCGCCGUCUUGCCUGGUGGUCGACUGCUGAGCGACGUGUCGGCUGAGGAGACGGUGGCGAGCGUUUUCGAGCUCGGUCCAUCCUGAGGUGCUGCGCAGUUGGCAUGCAUGCCGAGGCUUGGCCGAGCCCCGUGCAGAUAGAAACCGAGGUUAAGACGCGGAUACCGUAACGCCAACACUUUGUACUCAAGGACUCGUGGGUAUGUCACAGGCAUCAUCUUCGAGCUACGCAUUCGCGCCUCUAGGAUCUAUUCAGCCCGCCUGUGCCGUGGCACCGGCAGGCACCCGCUGAGGACAUCGUCGUUUGCAAAAGUACCGCCUCCGCAGUUCAAGGUCGUAAAAUUAUUAAGGAAACCAUCACGUCCCUAAUAUAUCAACACAGGUAAAGCGACAGUCCCCCUUUCGAUUCAUUGCGAGCUUGCUCGAAUUCAACCGAGGCCGAUACACUUGGGCAAGCAACACGCUCCCAUUAUCACAAGGUGUGCUCGGCUUUCCUGCAUGCCUUGAUGAACUCCUGCAUCCUCUUCAGAGCCCCCGUGGGCUUUUUUGCGCAGCCGUGGUUGCGUUCUAGCACUUCCAAGUUCUCGGAUGCCCAGCAUAGUAGAAUACGCAGUUGCGCACCCAUCUGAGCAUUCGUGAAAGCAUGUUGAAGCCUCGUGCAGGGCCACUGGAGUGUGGGCUGACGACUCGAGGAGA